AUGGCUACACUGCAAUACUCCACGCCCUCGCUGCUGGCCGUCGCCACUGGCCUCCUAGGUUCAGCAUGGGCAUCCGGUACAAUCGCAUCUAUGUCUCUGGUGGGCAUGCCCACAGCAAUGUCAGCGCCCAAUGAUUCGGUCUACAUCUGGCACGGCAUCUUCACACGUGGCAUGAAUGUCAUGCCCAAGGUCGCCAUCCUCAUCGCAGCCGCAUACUCAUACGUGGCCUAUGAUGCGCGCCAUCGAGGUGUGAACUGGAAAGGAUACCUUGCGGCGGGCGGCGCUGUACUCUUCAUCAUUCCCUUUACCCUCCUCUUCAUUGCCGGUACCAAUGCCACCCUGAUCAGCGCAUCCAAGGGGGCGACCGUCUUGUCACGGGGUAGAGCCUCGGAGCUCAUUGGGAAAUGGAGCGUGUUGAAUCUGGGGAGGAGUCUGUUCCCCUUGGCAGGUGCCAUCAUAGGGCUGAGCACGUUUCUCGGGAACUUGUCCUGA